CUUGUUUAUCUCAAUAAAUAUGUAGCACCAUCUCAACACCCAACCUGCAGAUCCAUGAUCAACUCUCGCUUAACUCCUCUUCCACCACGUAUUCACACACAUAUAAACGAGAGACUCGAACGCCUCACCAAAAUCCCCCCCCCACUCCCGAUACCCAACAAAACCGCCAUACAACAGCUAGACCGCGAUCUUACAUCCGCUCUACAGGACGCUCUUGAUACAAGCGUCACGUGCUCAAAAACACGACCGAGAGAUCGAAAGUGCUUUUGGAAUGUUGGUCUCCUAUCAAAAGCAGAGCAACGCGAAGCCGCAUAUCGACGCUGGCGCAACUCACCCGAUAACCUGGUAGUACAGUACGCGCACAGUAUACUACUAUAUGCGAAUCAUUUACAUACUGAAGAAGUCAGACGCACAUGCAAACGUACAUACCUGGUUAGCAUUCUCUAUCAAGCUCGGUAAUGCACACUGUCAGUGAAGCGAACACAAUCAUCAAGCGUAUGCGACGAAACCAACGUGAGAAUCAUUCGUUCUCGCACCCAGAGGGCUCACAGUGCAGGCCGUGCAAGUGAUGGCAGCUCCUCUAUCACAAGUCUUUAGUGGUGAAACGCUUAUCAUGGGGAGAUGCGCUACAUUAUACCUCCCUCGCUACGGCCGAA